AUUUAUAUAGUAGAUAAAAACAGAAAAAUGUGUCCUCCACACUCGAGAGAUAGAGAGAGAAAGUGUGUCCUCUAGAGAGAGAAAGAGAGACAGCGAGAGAAAGGGGGAAGGGAGAAGAAAGAUGACAGGUGGGAGGUAUUGUUACAGAGAUGUGCUGCCAUUGACAGCCAUGGUGACCAUGGAGUGCAUCAAUGUAGCCUUGAACACCUUAUUCAAAGCGGCCACACUCAAAGGCAUGAGCUACCAUGUCUUUGUCGCUUAUGCUUAUGCAGUUGCAGCUCUCAUUCUCCUUCCUUCGCCCUUCUUCUCCCACAGAUCAAGAGUGCUUCCUCCAGUCAAUUUCUCCAUCAUAUCUAAAAUCUGCCUUCUUGGCCUAAUUGGGUGUGCAUCUCAAAUUGUGGGGUACACAGGGAUUAAUUACAGUUCUCCAACUCUUUCUUCUGCCAUCAGCAACCUGAUACCUGCUUUCACCUUCAUUCUUGCCAUCAUUUUCAGGAUGGAAAAGGUAGCAUUGAGAAGCUCAAGCAGCCAAGCUAAAAUCAUAGGUACCGUAGUAUCCAUAUCAGGAGCAUUUGUAGUGGUUCUCUAUAAAGGUCCACCAGUCAUAUUGACUUCAUUUCCUUCCAUUUCGCUUCGUCAGCCUCUAAGCUCGCCACGCUCAAAUUGGGUGAUUGGCGGCCUUUUCCUUACAACUGAGUAUAUUUUGGUGCCAAUGUGGUACAUUGUUCAGGCGCAAAUCAUGAAGGAGUAUCCAGCAGAACUGACCGUAGUCUUCUUCUACAACUUGAUCGUUAGCAUCCUAGCUGCAAUUGUAGGUUUCAUCACAGAACCAAACUGGAGUGCUUGGAGAAUUAAAUUUGAUAUAGCAUUGCUAUCUAUUGUAUGCUCGGGGGUUUUCGGAUCAUGCUUGAACAACUCCGUCCACACAUGGGCAAUACGCUUGAAGGGGCCUGUCUAUGUUGCAAUGUUCAAGCCAUUGUCAAUUGUCAUUGCAGUUGCCAUGGGGGUCAUGUUCCUCGGUGACACUCUCUAUCUUGGAAGUGUUGUAGGAGCAACAAUAAUCUCUAUUGGAUUUUACACAGUAAUGUGGGGAAAAGCAAAGGAGGAGAUGGUUGAUGAGAGUGAAAUUGAUAGCUUGGAAGCGCUUUCAGCCCACAGAAUUCCUCUGUUACAGAAUCAUAAAAAACAAGGAGUGUAGUGCAGAAAAACAGAAGCACAUUUCUAAUUGUUAAUUACAUAGCAAUAUGCAUUGUGGAAAUUCAAUUGUGUACUUGUUGAUGCUCUAAGCUUAGCAUCAGUCAAAGGGGUCAAAAUAUGCAUUAGAAACGUACUUUAUAUAUUUUAUUUAUAUGUAUGUAUGUGUAACAUAUAGAUUGUGAGUUUGUAUGUAUUUGUGUAGAAUCUAGAUCAGGUUUAGUAAUUUUUAGUGCAUCAAAUGACGUUUCUUUGAUGAACAUGUAAAACUUUAUAUUGAGAUGUAAUAUAUACUAUUAAAUUUAGAUGCAA